GCAGCCGGCAGCGGGCCGAGAUUCGCGGCUCCCGGGGCCCUCGCAGGGAGCAACCGCGCUCUCCGUUGCCCGUGCUUUCGCCCGCGCCGGCCCGUCCCUCGCCGCUGGCCGGAUCUGGCUGACCAGCUUGCCCUCCGGUCGGACCUCAGACUCCCGGGCCGUCGCGGGGACCCGCCCACCAGACCCCGCUGGGGCCGUCUGUGCCUUGUCGCGGUUCCGCGGUUGAUGACGCCUGGCGGAGUGCUGCAAUGGAGGGGGAUGCCUCAGACUCUCAGGUGACUAUUAAGAAUAUCGAAAGGGAGCUUAUUUGCCCAGCAUGCAAGGAGCUGUUUACACACCCGCUGAUUCUCCCCUGCCAGCACAGCGUCUGUCAUAAGUGUGUGAAGGAGCUCUUACUGUCUCUCGAUGAUUCCUUCAAUGAUGUGGCCUCAGACAACUCCAACCAGAGCAGCCCGCGGCUUCGGCUCACCUCCCCUAGCAUGGAUAAAAUUGACAAGAUUAGCAGACCAGGCUGGAAGCGGAAUUCACUGACCCCAAGACCAACUAUGUUUCCUUGUCCUGGCUGUGAACAUGAUGUGGAUCUUGGAGAGCGGGGAGUCAGCGGCCUGUUUCGCAAUUUCACUUUGGAGACGAUUGUUGAGCGAUAUCGGCAGGCCGCUAGGGCAGCUACGGCCAUUAUGUGUGACCUUUGUAAACCGCCGCCCCAGGAAUCCACGAAGAGCUGCAUGGACUGCAGCGCAAGCUACUGCAAUGAAUGCUUCAAAAUUUAUCACCCUUGGGGUACAGUAAAAGCCCAGCAUGAGUACGUGGGCCCCACCACUAAUUUCAGACCCAAGAUUUUAAUGUGCCCAGAGCAUGAGACCGAGAGGAUAAACAUGUACUGUGAACUGUGCAGAAGGCCAGUCUGCCACCUCUGUAAGUUGGGUGGGAAUCAUUCCAAUCACCGGGUGACCACCAUGAGCAGUGCUUACAAAACCUUAAAGGAGAAGCUUUCAAAGGACAUCGAUUUCCUUAUUGGUAAGGAAGGCCAAGUGAAGAGUCAAAUUUCUGAACUAAACUUGUUAAUGAAAGAAACAGAGUGCAAUGGAGAGAGGGCAAAGGAAGAAGCACUGGCCCAUUUUGAAAAGCUCUUUGAAAUCCUAGAAGAUAGGAAGUCAUCUGUUUUGAAAGCCAUAGAUGCCUCUAAGAAACUAAGACUAGACAAAUUUCACACGCAAGUGGAAGAGUACCAAGGCCUUCUGGAGAACAACGGGCUUGUGGGAUAUGCUCAGGAAGUCCUGAAGGAGACGGAUCAGUCCUGCUUUGUGCAGACAGCGAAGCAGCUCCAUCUCAGAAUCCAGAAAGCUACGGAAUCUCUGAAGAGCUUCAGACCCGCAGCCCAAGCUUCGUUUGAAGAUUAUGUCGUUAACACAACCAAACAGACAGAGGUGCUUGGAGAACUGUCCUUUUUCUCUAGUGGCAUAGACAUUCCUGAGAUCAAUGAAGAACAGAGCAAAGUGUAUAAUAACGCCUUGAUAGACUGGCACCAACCAGAAAAGGACAAAGCCGACAGCUAUGUUCUUGAGUACCGGAAGAUUAAUAGAGAUGAAGAAAUGAUGUCGUGGAAUGAGAUAGAAGUGCACGGCACAAGUAAAGUUGUCUCCAACCUUGAAAGCAACAGUCAUUAUGCUUUCCGAGUGCGAGCUUACAGAGGCUCCAUCUGCAGCCCCUGCAGCAGAGAGCUGGUUCUGCACACUCCUCCAGCUCCAGUUUUCAGCUUCCUGUUUGAUGAGAAGUGUGGCUAUAAUAACGAGCACCUCUUGUUGAACCUGAAGAGAGACCGGGUGGAGAGCAGAGCCGGAUUUAAUGUUCUCCUGGCUGCGGAACGCAUCCAAGUGGGCUACUACACAAGUUUAGAUUACAUCAUUGGAGAUGUGGGAAUAACGAAGGGGAAACACUUCUGGGCCUGCCGCGUGGAACCGUAUUCAUACCUGGUCAAAGUGGGAGUUGCCUCUAGUGACAAACUACAGGAGUGGCUUCGGUCUCCCCGGGACACGGCUAGUCCAAGAUAUGAACAAGACAGUGGCCAUGACAGUGGGAGUGAAGAUGCCUGCUUCGAUUCUUCACAACCGUUUACGUUAGUUACUAUAGGCAUGAAGAAAUUUUUUAUACCCAAGUCACCUACUUCUUCUAAUGAACCCGAAAAUAGAGUUCUUCCCAUGCCAACAAGUAUAGGGAUUUUCCUAGACUGUGAUAAAGGUAAAGUGAGUUUCUAUGAUAUGGAUCACAUGAAAUGCCUGUAUGAGCGCCAGGUAGACUGCUCACAUACAAUGUAUCCAGCAUUUGCCUUAAUGGGCAGUGGAGGAAUUCAGCUUGAAGAACCCAUCACAGCAAAGUAUCUGGAAUAUGAAGAAGACGUGUAGCUCGGACACCCCAUGUGGCGAGGAUGAAAACCGUGGACGAAGCCAUGCUUUGGUGUCAGUUUUCGUAACAAUUACAUGUCAUUCACGUCUUCUGUCACCAUACCUGUUUGUAGUGUGCGAUUCUUUGUUUUAUCUUGUUUUGUUUGACACCCAGGGUCUUGUCAAAUUCUGUCCUUCUGUGGUGGGCUCCAGAGUGCUGGGAUUAUAGGUGGGCACUGCCAUACCCAGCUAGUGUGUGAGCCUUAAAACUCAGAAGGCCUUCACAACCUGCCUCUUCCAUGCUGCUCUUCUGCCUUUCACAUUUGUUGACACCAGUCCCAGACAGGUAACUCGACAGCUGGUCCUUCUCUUUGGGCAUAAGGACUCUAAUUUAUUUAAGUCAGUUGAUGUUGCUAUUAUCUACAUUCUUUUUGUUUUGGAGUGGGUGGGAUACAAAGUAUUUAUUGUGGCUUUUGUGCUUGUUAUUUUUCUUUCCUUUCCAUUUUUGUAUCAUGUUCAUGUCCAAAGAGAAGAUAUUCUUAAAUGCCUAUUGAUAGAAAUCAGUCCCAAGCCAUGAGUCUUCAAUUUGUUGUUAAUAGGUAAAUAAAGUUAUAGAUAGGUAAAAUGACAAAGGCCAUAAAAUGGUAGUAUAUUUAAGUAGAAAAUUAUGUAUUUUAAAGUGUGUAACUACUGAGUGUAUAUUGCCUGGCAAAUGCUUUUUCUUUUUCUUAUAGACCACAGGCUGUAUUUAUUGGUAAGGACAUCUCUGAGAGUUGUCUGAACUCUAAUGCUCCUUAUUUGGCGUAUGUAGCAAGCAUGGUCUCUUAGAGGAAACAGAAGGUUCUUGAACCCAUGCAACUUUUCACUGCAAUAUAAUUUUUUUUUCCAGAAAAUUUUAUCUUCAAAUUUUUUUACUUCAGAAAAUACUUGUAUUUAUAGUAAAGAAUUAUUUUUCAGAAGUACUAGUGAAGAUGGACCAAUGUGAACGCCUGUCUUGUGAGUUUUGUAUUUUUGACACAGAUGUUACACGUCAUGUUUUUCUGGCUUGUGCUUAAAAAUUUGAGAAGCUCACUGUCCAUCUAACAGCAUUAAAAUGCCAGACAUAUUACAUGUUACUACUGUCUGGUUGGGUGGCAUUGUCUGUGGCUCAUUGUGUGGUCAUAAGCAUUUGUAGUGUGAAUCAGUAAAACACAGAAUUAUUUAGAAUAGUAACUAAAAUCAAAAGGAUUGUGUACACUCGGUUUGAGGAAUUGCACCUUUUCCAAAUUGGAUGUUGUUUUCUGCAAGACCAUCAUCUAGGUACCCAAAUGAUCUUUUAAGUAGAUAGUUUUUAUUUGAACUACCUUUUUUUCGAAGGUUAAAAUGUCCGGACAAUAAGGCUUACACUGAUCACUUACGGAGUGCUAAUAUAUUAGUGGAGUAACCGAAAUUUUUGGAAGCUGUUUGUCUUAUUCUUUUUAAUUAUGAUUUUUUAAUGGAAGUUGUCUGUUAAGCCGAUCCCACUGCAUCAGACCCACCCCGACACCCCCCACCGCCACUCAUGUAGGUAGAUCUGAAGAACUGUGUUUAGUGAUUGUCAUUCCUCUGCCGUAUACCUAGCACUUUAUGACAUAGGAAACAAAGAAUGCACAGUGUUACCUGUAUCAUUGUGCAGUAAAGCUGCUAAAGUCACAUGUGUGGUUCAGUGUGACACUCAAUACUCAUGUAAGCACACGUCCUGUAGACAUUUUAAACUAUAAAGCUUUAACAA